AUGCCAACUGUAGGCAUAAAGAAAACAAUUCUUGAUAAACAUCUCGGGAAGGUUUACAGUGAGAAGGAGUUCGAUGAGCUUUGCUUCGAAUAUGGACUUGAACUGGAUGAAGUUAGAAGGAGCGGGGUGAAGGCAGCUGCCGGCGAUGAACUCUGUGACUCGGAAGUUUAUAAAGUCGACAUACCAGCGAACAGAUAUGACCUACUUUGUGUUGAAGGCCUUACUCGUGCGCUACGUGUGUUCAAGAACGAGAUGAAGAGCCCAACCUACAAGUUGAAACGGCCUUCUGGCCCUCUUCAACAGAUCAUCGUCACAGAAAAGACCGCCGCAGUGCGUCCUUUCGUGGUUGGUGCUAUUCUUCGGAAUUUUUCAUUUGAUCAGGACAACUACGCCUCCUUCAUAGAUCUACAGGAUAAGCUUCAUCAGAAUAUUUGCCGGAAGCGAACUUUAGUGGCUAUUGGCACCCAUGAUUUGGACACCAUUGCUGGUCCCUUCAAAUAUACUGCUGACCUGCCAGAGGACAUUAAGUUUAUCCCUCUCAAUCAAACAAAGGAAUUCACAGCCCGCGAAUUGAUGGAAUUCUAUUCA